GGGCAUGCAGGAGGCUAUCGACCGUAUCCACAGCUUGCUACAAGCAGCUGUAGAUCGAGGAUUUCCUCCGGAGCGCAUUGUACUCUGCGGUUUCAGCCAAGGAGGAGCGUUGGCGUUGCAAGCUGGCCUCUCCUUCCCUCACACUUUGGCUGGCAUUUGUUCUGUCGCUGGAUGGCUAUCUUCAGGGAUGCCGGCAGCUGAGGCAGCUGAAAGGUGGGAGAUGCCCAUUUUGAUGUGCCAUGGAUUUGAUGAUUCCAUGGUUCCCAUUGAAGUGGCUCGAAGCAGCUGCAAAGCCUUGGCAGCUUUGGGCUACAAGAAGGUGAAUUUGAUUACUUUCAAAGGAUUGAGACAUCAGUUGAGCACCUUGCAAUUUGAAGACAUCAUGGACUUCUAUCGGCAGCUGCUUCCACAAAGACUGGAAGAACCCUGCCCAGUAGUCUCGAUUCCGCGGCCAACUGGGUGCAUUGUUUGGAUGCACGAUGCUAGCAUUGCCGGAGAUGUAGACGAGCACAUUUUAGUUGGAAGGCUGCAUCAGUGCCUGCCUGAUGUGCAAUUGAUUCUUCAACGGGUGCCUCCAUGCCGCGAGGGCAAGAGCUUUGGAAGGACAUUGCUGGAUGAAAUCACAGAGCAACUCCGAAAGGCCAGCGCGGGAGGAUGGCCAUUGUCCUCGGUGAUUCUGGGUGGUUUCGGUGCCGGUGGCACUGCUGCGCUGCUUGGAUUGCUCUUCCCACAGCUUGCUGGGCUUGUGUCAUGUUCAGGUUUCCUGGCAGAUUGCUUCCCUGAGCAACAAGCUGAGUCUGGAAGUGACCAGCUCAUCCUCUUGACGCAUGGAGUGGAGGACAAGAUCGUUCCAAUCGCUUCAGCUCGACAACAACGAGAAGCUCUAGGCUCUUAUGGUUAUCGAGGAGUGUCCUUCAGCGCCUUUCAAGAUCUGGGGCAUCAUUUCUCUGUCGAAGUUUGGGACAAUGUCAUUGAAUUCGCAGAGAUCGCCUUGGAUCGCGCGCUUGAUGAAUGAUGAAAACAAUGAUGCCAAUGCGCAUCAAGUGGGCACUGGGGACUGCAUUCUUUCCCGUGCCAGUUGGUUUAGCUUCAGUGAUUGACUCCCUAUCCUGUUCAAAGACAAGCAAAACGCUUGAAGAUGGGAUGGGGAUUCAUUGCAC